AUGUCGAUUUUUUCUCCCACUUCUUCCACUCUUCCUUCUCAUUCUCCAAUUUCAUCACCAUGCUUUUCCCGCUUCGUCACCGCUUCAUUCGGCCGUCGCAUCCGCCGCCGCAGCCGCCGUCACAACAAACUCAAACCUUCCAUCCCUACCACCACCACAACCACAACCUCUUUUCCCACUUCUUCCACUCUUCCUUCCACUAUUCACUUCGUCGGAACUUCAGCUGCUUUGACUCUCGUAGCGUUUUCUGUUUUUAGAGUAUUGAUUGAAUUGGUUUCUAGGUUAGCGCCGUGGCGGCGAAACGCGUCUGGUUAUGGUAAAUCUAUGGUGCGCAGAGACCAGAGUCUUGGAGGGAAAGAGGUGGUUGUUGGAUUGGGUUCCAGGAGCGGCGUUACGGCGCCGAUUAAGCGGUCUUUGAAGAACAAUAAGGUUGCAGUUCAAAGGAAAUUGCCGAAAUGGUGGCCAAUUGUUAAUAAUCCCAAUCACAGUGAUUUUGAUUUUGACCUAAAUGAGCAAGAAGAAUACAGAAGAGAUGCUUACAGACUGGUUCGAGGUAAAGACACUCUUCUAAUUUCUCUACUGUUUUCCAUCCUUUAAUUCAAGUUGCAACUUACCCACUUGAUUUCCAGCAAUUAUUGACAGUAGAAUGGCUGCAAAAGACAUCUCUGAGGGUG